AUGGCGGCUCAAACGGCCUCCGAGGCCCUGAAGAAGCUAAGCGUCAACGACGCCGCACCUGGUGCGACCGACAAGGCCGCCAACGGCACGACGAACGGCAACGACGCCGAGCACGAAGAAGACUCGGACGACGAUGCCGAUGAGGCGACGGGACCGGGAGGUGUCGGCGGCGAGGCCGGCGCAGCCAAAAAGAAGAAGAAGAAGAAGAAGCCCAAGUCGAAGAAGAAGAAGGCGACAGCCCAGUCCGAUCCUCCCCGGGUGUUGAUAUCCCAGCUGUUCCCCAACAACAGCUAUCCUCAUGGCGAGGAGGUUGAGUACAAGGACGAGAACCGAUACAGGACCACCAACGAGGAGAAGAGGCACCUCGACAACAUCAACAACGACAAGACGACCGACUUCCGCCACGCCGCCGAGGUGCAUCGUCAGGUGAGGCAGUGGGCGCAAAAGAACAUCAAGCCCGGCCAGACCCUCACCGAGAUCGCCGAGGGUAUUGAGGACAGCGUGCGCCGGUAUGGGUUUCCCCACCGGCCUGAGCAUCAACCAUUGCGCGGCGCACUAUACCCCAACGCCGGAAACAAGAUGGUGCUGCAGCAGGGUGACGUCAUGAAGGUCGAUUUCGGCGUGCACGUCAACGGAAGCAUCGUCGACAGCGCCUUCACCAUGGCCUUUGAGCCCCAGUUCGACAACCUCCUCGCUGCCGUCAAGGACGCCACCAACGCCGGCGUGCGCGAGGCCGGUAUCGACGUGCGCGUAGGUGACGUCGGCGCCGCCAUCCAAGAGGUCAUGGAGAGCUACGAGGUGGAAAUCAACGGCACGACGUAUCCCGUCAAGUCCAUCCGCAACCUCAACGGCCACACCAUCCUCCCCUACUCCAUCCACGGCACCAAGAGCGUGCCCAUCGUCAAGAGCAACGACAUGACCAAGAUGGAGGAGGGCGACGUCUUCGCCGUCGAGACCUUUGGCAGCACCGGAAACGGCUACGUUCACGACGACUUGGAGACUUCGCACUACGCUCGCCGUGCCGAUGCCCCCAACGUCGCUCUACGUCUGAGUUCGGCGAAGCAGUUGCUCAACGUCAUCAACAAGAACUUUGGCACUAUACCAUUCUGCCGACGGUACUUGGAUCGGUUGGGCCAGGAUAAGUAUCUUUUGGGCGUAAGUGUCUCUUUUCGAUGGCGGCGGAUAGAAGCCGCCGUCAUGCCCUUGGCCGCGUUCGCCUUUCGCUUAGGGUUUGAACAACUUGGUCUCGAGCGGUAUCGUCGAAGCCUAUCCCCUCUCUGCGAUAAGAAGGGCUCGUACACUGCCCAAUUCGAGCACACUAUUCUCCUCCGCCCGACAGUCAAGGAGGUCAUUAGCCGCGGAGACGACUACUAG